AUGAAUUCGCAACAACAGCGUACGCUCAUUCUCGAUGUUGGCGAUGUACUCUGCCACUGGUCUACCAACAACCUCACUACAAUCUCUCCUCUGGAACUCCAUAGUGUCAUGCGGUCACCAACAUGGGCCGAGCUGGAACGCGGCCACAUCAGCGAGAAAGAAGCUAUCAAAGCCAUUAGCGAGGAACUCUCCCUCGAUCCUGAAGCUAUACACAAAGGGCUUUUGCAGUGCCAUGAAACACUGCGUCUCGACCAAGAGCUCAUAAGCCAGCUGAAAGAGCUUAAAGCAGAGCUCAAUGGAUGUCUUAGGGUUUACGCUACGAGCAACAUUGCUAAGGAGCAUUUCGCCCUUAUCAAGACUGUUCUGUCUGACUGGGACUUGUUCGACGACGCGUUUCUAUCCUUUGAGGUUGCCAUCUUCGUGGAUGACAAAGUCGCGAACGUCAACGCAGCUCGCACAUUUGGGAUUCAAGGCUUUGUCUUCAACUCCUCGGCUGCUCUUGUCCGUCAAUUACGCAACAAGCUGAUGGACCCUGUUACGAGAGCACGUCAAUACAUGGUGGCGAAUGCCCACAAUCACGUCUCGUGUAUUCAGGAUGGCCCUGUGUUGGUCGACAACUUUGCCCAAUUCCUGAUACACAUCGAGCUGAACGAUGAUAGCGUCAUCAGUCUUUCACCACCCAACGUCUCAAAUGCCGAGAUUAAAGCGGAUAUCAGACAGGCUCGUCACCAGGCAAAGGAAUGGAACUUUUUCAAUGGUGCUCCGGUAGGUACAACGAAAACAUAUCCCUUGGAUGUCGAUGAUACCUCGCUCGCCUUACUUACAUUCUCGCCACCUGCAACCUCUGCCAACCCGGUUCUGGAUCGCAUAGUUGAGAACAGACAUGCUAAAGACGGCUUAAUUAUGAUUUAUUUCGGCAACGAGCGACCUCGCGCAUGUCCUUUCAUUAUGGUCAAUGCUGUCCGUGUCCUUUAUCGAUACGGACGCGGCGCAGAAGUACAACCUGAGCUGGAACACAUCCGUCACAGUCUUUUGAAUCGUGGCCAUAUCGAUGGUUCAGAACAUUACCUUGCCAGCGAGACCUUUCUGUACUUUUUGGCAUGCCUCAUUGAGGACAAUCCGAGUGCGCCUGAGGUUCAGUCACUACGUCAACCAGCGGCCGAGGCUCUGCUUGAGCGUGUCAAUCGCCCCGGAGAUUCUUUCGUAAUCGCCUCGCGUGUUCUAUCAUGCCAGAAACUUAAUGUAGAUACUCGUUCUGAUAUAGAGUUUCUCAAAGCGUUGCAGGAAUGUGAUGGAGGUUGGGAAAUGGGAUGGAUAUCCCGUUUCGGCAGGAGUAAGAAGACGAUUGGAAAUCGAGGCAUACCUACAGCGUGGGCCAUCAAGGCCCUUGAAAAUCAGCAGGUGCUCGAGCAGGAAGCUCAGCCUUAG